AUGGCUCCAAGCCCGCUCCCGUUUUGCUGCUCCAGCCGGAGGCUACGGAUUCCGCGGCUGCUGCUUGUGUGGGUGACCUGCCUCGCCGUUGCCAUCGGCACCUUAUUACAACCUGGCCUUGAAGGAAACGCCAGGCUUUUGCUUCAUUUCAGUAACAAGUCAAACCGGGAGCAGGGCUAUUGUGAAACAGAAGCUAGAUUAGCUUCGUCUCUAGACUUUUGGACUCUCUCCUCUGAAAACCUCAUAGCUGUGUUGCCAGUUGAUCCUGUUAAAGAAAACUAUGUUCGUAAAGUGAAAAACUGCGUUUUUUCAAUUGCUUUCCCUACUCCUUUUAAAUCAAGAGUACAUCUUGUGGCAGUUUCAAAGGAAGUUCUAGAAGACAUUUUGGACCUUGAUUUAUCCGUCUCAGAAACAGAUGAUUUUAUCCAGCUUGUAAGUGGCAAAAAGAUAGUAUUUGGAUCCAUUCCAUUGGCUCAUAGAUAUGGUGGCCAUCAGUUUGGAAUAUGGGCAGAUCAGCUUGGGGAUGGAAGAGCCCAUCUUAUUGGAAUUUACAUGAACAGGCUGGGUGAAAAGUGGGAACUUCAAUUAAAAGGCUCAGGAAAGACCCCAUACUCCCGAAAUGGUGAUGGCAGAGCUGUACUGCGUUCCUCAGUGAGAGAGUUUUUGUGUAGUGAGGCUAUGUACUAUCUUGGAAUUCCAACCAGCAGAGCUGCAAGUCUAGUUGUAAGUGAUGAUGAAGUAUGGAGAGAUCAGUUCUACAAUGGAAACAUUGUGAAAGAACGAGGUGCAGUAGUGCUUCGCGUUGCAAAAUCAUGGUUUAGAAUUGGAUCAUUAGAAAUUUUGACUCAUUAUGGUGAACUGGAUUUACUAAGGACAUUAUUAGAUUUCAUCAUACAGGAACAUUUCCCCUCAGUAGAUAUCAGAGAACCUAAUAGAUAUGUGGAAUUUUUUUCCAUUGUGGUAUCUGAGACGGCACAACUUAUUGCUCUGUGGAUGUCUAUUGGUUUUGCUCAUGGUGUUUGUAAUACUGAUAACUUCAGUUUGUUAUCCAUUACAAUUGACUAUGGUCCAUUUGGUUUUAUGGAAGCCUAUAACCCUGAUUUUGUGCCAAACACAUCUGAUGAUGAAAGAAGAUAUAAAAUAGGAAACCAGGCCAAUAUUGGGAUGUUUAAUUUGAAUAAGUUGUUACAAGCUCUAAACCCAUUACUGGAUCCAAGGCAAAAGCAGCUUGCCGCUCAGAUUCUUGAGGGAUAUCCUGUUCUCUAUUACACAAGAUUUAGAGAAUUGUUCAAAGCCAAAUUGGGACUACUUGGAGAAAGGAAAGGUGAUGAUGAUUUAAUUGCAUUUCUCUUACAUCUCAUGGAAAAGACAGAAGCUGAUUUCACAAUGACAUUUCGGCAGCUCAGUGAGAUUACCCAAAGCCAGUUACAGGAGCUCCACAUUCCUCAGCAAUUUUGGGCACUGAAGAUGAUUUCAAAACAUGAACUCUUUCCUGCCUGGGUGUCCCAGUACCUUGUGAGACUGAAGAGUAACAUGAAUGAUUCAGAUUUUGAAAGAAGAAAAAGAAUGAUGGCUGUUAAUCCUAGAUACGUGCUGAAGAACUGGAUGGCAGAGUCUGCAGUGCAAAAAGCAGAAAGGAAUGAUUUUUCAGAGGUCUAUCUUCUGCAGCAAGUCCUUCAGCAUCCUUUUCAGAAGCAUUCUGCAGCUGAGAGAGCAGGCUACUCCUCCCCUACUCCUGCUCGGGCUAGAGAUCUCAGAGUUAGCUGCUCAUCUUGA